AUGGCGUAUCGGUCCAAGUCACUUAAAAUCCAUCCCGACAAGGUACAACAUACUGAUGCCCAAGCAGCGUUUGCCAAGUUGAAAAAGGCCGAAUCCGAUCUGACGGAUCCAUCGCAACUUCAGUUUUUACUUGACUUGAUCCAAGAAGCCAAGGUCGCGAUUUUGAAAGAUCGUGGAGAAAAGGUGAAAAUGAAACAAACACAAGAGACCUCGCUGGUGGAUGAUGAUCUGUAUCCUUAUUUGUCUUCCCCUCAAGGCCAACAAGAUAUCCAACAACGACUCAAACAAUUACUAAUUGAGCUGGAACUACGACGGCGCAGGAUCAUCAAAAGGGAUUUGGAAAUGGAAGGCGCUGAAGCAAGAAAAGCUGAAUUGGCUGCUCAAGAGAAGAAACGCAAGGCGGAUGAAUUGAAAGAAUGGGAGAACUCUAGAGAAACGCGUGUGAAUAGUUGGCGAGAUUUUCAGAAGAAAGGUACCAAAAAGAAGAAAAAGGUCAAGAAAUCAGCAUGA